AGAGUCGAGGGGGGAGUCAGUGUGAGUCAGGGCGUGAGCUGAUUCUUUGAAGUUAACACAGAGCUGCCAUGGAGCCUUCUAGAUUGAUACUGCACUCUACUGACAGUUAACCGCUGUCGUUGUCCGUGGCUUCCAAUGUCCUCUCCUAUGGCAAAUCGUGAGGCGGGGAGCACCAGCCCUGUGGUGCGUCAGAUAGACAAACAGUUUCUGGUCUGCAGCAUCUGUCUGGAUCACUACCACAACCCCAAGGUGCUGCCCUGUCUGCACACCUUCUGUGAAAGUUGUCUUCAGAACUACAUUCCCCCAGAGUCCCUCACACUCUCGUGUCCAGUGUGUCGACAGACGUCCAUUCUGCCGGAGAAAGGGGUUUCUGCUCUACAAAACAACUUCUUCAUCACAAAUCUCAUGGAGGUCCUUCAGAGAGACCCCGAGUGCUCGCGGCCUGAGGCCUGCAGUGUCCUGGAGUCCGUCAACGCUGCGGCCGCAGGGAAACCCCUCUGCUGCCCCAACCAUGAGGGAAAGCCCAGCAAGAGUGAAGGAGUUUGUCUCCCCCUGCAGGUGAUGGAGUUCUACUGCGAGUCCUGUGAGACAGCCAUGUGUCUGGACUGUACAUCGGGGGAGCACAGGGAGCACGUGACCGUUCCUCUGCGGGACGUCGUGGAACAGCACAAGGCUGCGCUCAAGACACAGCUGGACGCCAUUAUGAGCAGACUCCCUCAGCUAACAUCAUCCAUCGAGCUGGUGAGUGAGAUCUCCCGCCAGCUGAAUGAAAGGAAGAACGAGGCGGUGGCAGAGAUCACCAGUACGUUUGAAGAGCUGGAACGGGCGCUGCAUCAGCGCAAGACGGCCCUCAUCACAGACCUGGAGAACAUCUGCAGCACUAAACAGAAGGUCCUGCAGGCCCAGCUUUCGUCUCUCCUCCAAGGGAAGGACCACAUCCAGAGCAGUUGCAGCUUUACAGAGCAAGCUCUCAGCCAUGGGAGUGCUACUGAGGUGCUGCUAGUUCAGAAGCAGAUGAGUGAGCGGGUCACAGCACUGGCCAGACAUGAUUUCCCAGAGAAACCACAUCAGAACGCACAUCUGGACUGUCAGGUGGAAACUGAAGGUCUCCGGCGCUCCAUCCAGAACCUGGGCGUCCUCCUCACCACCGCCGCUGUGGCUCACACCUCCGUCGCCACGGGAGAGGGCCUCCGCCACGCAGCCACCGGGCAGCACCACACGGUUACUGUGACAACGAAAGACAAAGAUGGAGAGCUGGUGCGGACAGGAAAUGCUGUUUUAAAAGCAGAGAUAACAUCAGCUGACGGGAGCCGCAUUACAGAGGCAGACGUAGCGGACAAUAAGAAUGGGACAUAUGAGGUGGGCUAUACAUUACGAGUGGAGGGAGAGUACUCUUUCUCUCUGUUGCUGUACGGCCAGCCGUUGCGUGGCAGCCCUUUCCGCCUGCGAGCGAUCAAGCCCUCAGAUGUGCCUCAAUCUCCGGAUGACGUGAAGAGGAGGGUGAAGUCUCCCAGCGGCACAGGAGGACACAUACGGCAGAAAGCAGUGCGUCGGCCUUCCAGCAUGUACAGCACCACCAAGAAGAAGGAGAACCCCAUUGAGGACGAGCUCAUCUACAGAGUGGGUACCCGGGGCAGAGAAAAAGGGGAGUUCACAAAUCUGCAGGGAAUCUCAGCCUCUUGUAACGGCCGAGUUGUGGUUGCCGACAGCAACAACCAGUGCAUACAGAUAUUCUCCAACGACGGCCAGUUCAAGAUGCGCUUUGGGGUCAGAGGUCGGUCUCCGGGACAACUGCAGAGGCCGACAGGCGUCACCGUGGACAUGAACGGUGACAUUGUGGUGGCCGACUAUGACAAUCGAUGGGUCAGCAUCUUCUCGUCUGAUGGCAAAUUUAAGAAUAAGAUUGGUGCAGGCCGGCUCAUGGGUCCUAAGGGUGUCGCCGUGGACAAGAAUGGACACAUCAUCACUGUGGACAACAAGGCAUGCUGUGUCUUUAUCUUUCAAUCCAAUGGGAAGUUGGUGACUAAGUUUGGAGGCAGGGGGACGUCAGACAGACAGUUUGCAGAAAAACUUGGCCCAUACUUUAAUAAAUCUGGCUCAGUGUUCAGUCCGCACUUUGUUGCAGUGAACAACAAGAAUGAAAUCAUCGUAACUGAUUUCCACAAUCACUCUGUGAAGGUGUACAAUGCAGAUGGAGAGUUCUUGUUUAAAUUUGGCUCUCAUGGUGAAGGCAACGGUCAGUUCAAUGCUCCCACUGGAGUGGCCGCGGACGCGAAUGGAAACAUCAUUGUGGCUGACUGGGGCAACAGCAGGAUACAGGUGUUUGACAGUGCAGGCUCCUUCUUGUCUUACAUCAACACCUCAGCAGACCCUCUGUACGGGCCCCAGGGCCUCGCUCUCACCUCAGAUGGCCAUGUGGCUGUGGCCGACUCUGGAAACCACUGCUUUAAGGUUUACAGAUAUCUGCAGUAGGCUGAGGGAAGACCUCCAGACCGGACCCCUGCUAAGUUAACAGUGCAUACUGCUCGGGGACAUGGAGCUGCAACGGGCCUGCACUCUACACUGGUCCCAGGUUCCAGAAAUUCAUUACCUUUUCAUUUUGUCUCUGCACACUUAUAUAUACCUUCACAUUUUCAAGUUUCAAAGAAAUCUGAGAAAGAUGUUUACGUGAAAAACAGCCAAAAACACUCAAACUAAAUAAGCUAUUAAUCCCCAAAAAUGAAAUGAGUUCCCUUUGUAAAAAAUAGGCUACCCUGAUGAAAAUAAAGUUUUAAAGGUCACCUAUUAUGCAAAAUCUACUUUUUUAUGUCUUUUAUACAUAAAUAUCUUUCUACUCUGUCUUAAGUGAUUCGGAAAGUUUCAGUAAAAAUAUUUUCUCUCUUCUGUUCUGAUUUAUGAAAAUGAGCUGAUCAGAUUUGGGCUACUUUGUGAUGUCACAAUGUUUUUUGGGGUUGUGCAAUCAUUAGCCAAUAACAAACCAAGGUAACACCCCCCCACCUUAUCACCUGAAUCUUUUCCUAGAGCACCAUUGUGUUAUUUUUAAACCAAUCAUUUCUCAG